CGCCUCUGGUCGCCAGCAUGCUGCCCGCGUUUGCAGAAGCUACGUCUGCAUAGACUAAUAGUCGCUCAGGUGGUAGAGUUGCAUAUCGUGUCCGAUGGCCUUGUAGAGCUGUCGCUGGAGGAAAUCAGCCGAGGAAAUACGCCUUUGUUGCUGGAGAUCAAAACCCCCAGGCUCCGUGUUCUCCACAUGAGAUGCUCUCUGCAUCUACGGAAGCUGGCGAUCUCGGCGCCGAGGCUGGAGGAGUUCACAACCCCCCACGUCAACGUGAAUCCCAUAGUCAUCGCCGAGGAUAUGCCGCGCGUGCGGAACCUCGAGAUUCCGCUGAGGUUAAUAGGACCUGGAUGUGUUCGCCGUAUAAAUCAAGCUAGCAUUCAACUUCUACAAUGCUUCAGAUUCCUUCAGUUUCUCAAAAUAGACAUGUGUAUUUCCCAGGAAUACGAAGAGGUUGAUUUGAUGAAAGAUGUACCACAGCUUCCUCAUGUUACAUCUUUAUCAAUACGAGUUCUGGCGUUGGACGAGAUGUACGACAUUGCUAGCAUAUUAUGUCACCUUACUCGCUGCAAAUUUCUCAAACAUCUCCAGCUUGGCAUAAGUUAUCAUCAGAAGGCAAAUCACAAAAGAUCUGUAGGAGUUGGCAAUCAAAAUCAGUGGGAUCACCCUAUCAUCUCCCUAGAGCAUCUUCAAGAGAUAAGGUUCACUUGCUAUUGCCGUGUGCGAGAGUACGAAGCUAGGUUGAUGAAAUUGUUGCAUGUAAGUGCACCGACCUUGAAGAAGAUGACAGUAGUAUUUGUAUCGGAGUUUAUGCGUUCCGAAAGCCCAGAAAUUCUUGGAAAAGAAUGUGAAGAAUUUAUACGUAGCAUUGCACUCGAUAAGGAAGGAAAAUGGGUAUUCUGUUACCAUAAUGUUCAUACGCAAAAUUAUCCUGUGCUCGAGUGGACGACAAUUACAGCGGAGCAGAGCUAGCACGUGGAUUAAUCAACAACUAAUGAAGGUGUUCCAAUGCCCGCUACUGUUUUUUCCACUCAGAAACACGUGGCUACUCAUUGUGGCUGUUAUUAGUUUAUUAUGUGAGUUAAUCCAACAGUUAUAGUAGAAUAUAUAAUAAUUGCUAUUU